UAUGCCAUUUGAAAUAGUCUCUAUCACUAAUAUGACAAAUGUUAGUAAACAUAUUGCUGAAAGUGAAAUAAUUUAUGAAAAUGCUAAGACUAUUGAUGAUUAAGAAAAAACUUAAGUUCCUCCAAAUGAAUUAUGGGAAAAAGCUAAAUAAUGUUGUACUCUUUUAGAAAACUCCAAAUUUGACACUCAAGAUUUAAUUCGUGUGUCUCAUUUAUAUGAUUAAAUUUUAGAUAUAUUACAACCACCUAAACCUAGACAUGUGUAUUUCAUCUCACCUCACAAUUCUGAUACAGAAAUGAAACAAAAGAAAUUAGUCUACAAUCCAGAAGCACUUAACAAUCUUAUCAAAAGACUUAGAUCUGGUAGAGUACAAUCAUAAACUAGAUCUUUGUUUAGAUCUACAUAGAGAAUGCAAACAUCAUCUAUAGGUAAAUAGAUUCAAAAGACUGAAUUAAAUGAAUAAUUGAGUACUUAAGCACUUAAUUUUCUUAAAUAGUUAAAGAAGAAACAAUUGAAUAAAUGA